AUCACGCUCACCGCCAGGGAUCACUAUCGUCUUCAAAACAAAAACCCUAAAACCUCUCCAUCAACGCCGGCGGAGAAAAAAUUUGUGUCAUUCGCAGUCGCGCGAUGAAGGAAGAAGAAGUAAAUCGAUGCCAGAUUCAGAACUGGUAUCCCAAAUUCAGAUCCAUAACCAUUAGAACCAAAUUUCACAAGCUUCCAGAGUCGUUCAUCAGCUACCUCACCGACGAUUCUGGUCCGUUUCUUCUCCCUGAUUCCGUAACUAACGAAGACGCGAUGCCCAAUAGAGUCCACAAUUUCGAAGAAGAAGACGAUUUCCAAGUCUCCGAAGGUUCAGAUAACGAAGCAGAGACGCCAUUGAACCUCCCAUCUUUCCCACAACUCGAGAUCGAGAUCAUGGAAUCUAUCGAAACCCUAGGCGGUACUGUUUUACCGAAGCUGAAUUGGAGUGCACCAAAGGAUGCAGCUUGGAUUAGCCCAUCUCAGAAUCUUAGCUGUACUUGUUUCAAUGAGAUUGCUCUCUUGUUUCGUUCCUCAGAUUCGUUGGUUCAUGAUCUCUGCAAUGCUUAUGAUUCGUGUAGUGACAAAGUCUCUUCGAGGCCAGAAAGCUUCUACCUUGCGUUGAGAAAAUGGUACCCUUCUUUGAAGCCUGAGAUGGAGUUUAGAUGCUUUGUGAAAUCAAACGAGCUUGUUGGGAUUUCCCAGCGUGAGGUAACUACGUUUUACCCUAUUCUUCUCAGUGAGAAGGAUUUGCUCAAGGGUUUGAUUGAAGAGUUCUUUGAUGAUAAGAUUAGGUUGGAGUUUGAAUCAGAGAAUUACACUUUUGAUGUUUAUGUGACAAAGGAGAGAAGGGUUAAGCUAAUUGAUUUCAAUACUUGGUGUGGUUCUACUUUGCCGUUGAUGUAUACAUGGGAUGAACUUGAGAAGAUUCAUGGAGAAUGUGAUGAUGAAUUGGAACUGAGGAUUGUUGAGAGCCGUCGUAGCGUGCUUCCUGGUUUGAAAACUGCUGUUCCUUAUGAUUAUCUUGAUGUGAGUUCUGGUAGUGGUUGGGAUGAGGUUUUUAAGAAAGCGGAAGAGGAGCUUCAGAAUGAGAGUUUGGAUGAAGUUGCUUGAGCUUUUUGGUCGAAGCAGAAGUGUUAUUACUAGUUACGGUGGAACCUGAGAGUUCUCAAAGAAGUAAGAAGAUCUUGCUAGAUUCUUGGGGCUAUUUGAAGACUAGACAAUAAUUUUUUUUUAUUAUGACAUCAAUAAUAAGAUUAUCUCUUGUUGUUGUGCAAUGGUUUAGAUUACGAUGUUGGAACUUUGAUGGUGUCUCUUUCUUCUUAUAAGAUUAUUAUCUCUUGUAGUCUUUGUGAUUGUCUUUUCUUCUGCAAAGAAUUGGGAGGCAAAUUGUUUUAAUUAGUUUUCUCGUUA